AUGAUCCCCAUGCAACGCUCUCUCUCAUCGCCAGACUGUGUUGACUCCUCCCCACGUACGUUGCCGCCGUCCUCCCAGGCCCAGACCUCCUCCCGGACCAGCAACGGCAACAGCGUGGAUGCUCAGCGGCCAAAGCGGUACGGCUCGCGAACGCCCAGCCCGACGCCCACCCGCUCCUCCGACAUCCCCCAGACCCUGGCCUUGCGCCUGAGUGAUGAUGUCCCUCGCCGCGGACGUCAUCCCCGCCAUCAGUCUCCCAUGGCCUCGCGAAAAGCCAUUGUGGCUCAGCCCAACCUGCCAAACUCGAGCAGCGCCAGGCACGGCCCCAGCUACCGCCCCCUGACUCCCACGAGCUCGUCAAACGAGACGCUGCCGGGCUCAAAGUUCACCAAGAAGCCCCUGCUGCAAGAUGCGUCCUUGUACACGAAUACCCACCUGGUGCGGGACAGUGACAACACCACGCUCGAGGAGCUUGCCCACGUUGUGCGCCUCUCCAAGUACCAGGAGCGCAAGCGCGCCAACACUCGCAUCCGCCUGCAGCGAAGCCUCAUCUCCACCGCAUUGAGCGCCCGCUUGACGCGCUGCGGCGAGAUGGCGCACCGCUACCUUGUCGAGAGCUUCCGAAAGGACGACAAGGACAACUUUGCCGCUCUGUACAAUGCCAUCCACGACGUGCGCAAGAGCUGCGAUGAGCUUAGGCGAUAUGCCCUUUUGGAGCCCGAGCUCGAGUCCAUGUCUUCUGGUGCCCUUGGCUCGUCUGAUAGCCUGGACACUCCCACUAACUCAACAGUUGGCGUCGCUGAUUCGCUCAAGUCCAUCACCCCGUUUCUGCAUGACAUCUCCGCCUCGGCCCGGGAGACGUUCAUCGAGUUCCUGACACAGAUUCGAACCAAUCCGGACUACCUGGCCACUCGCAUAUGUGCCCUCUCGAGCUCUGAGCUGAAUGUCUUUUUGAAUUUCCACAAGGGUCUGGAGCCGGUUGAGUCGGUUCUCCCAUUUCCCACGCGAAACCCCAACCGGCCUCAUGCAAGUGCCUCGGGCCGUAGUACCUCCAACACCGACAUCGAGAGGCUCCUCUCUUUCCAGAGACAUGAUCCGCUGUCGAUCCUGAUUCAUGCCUGCUUUGCCAACUCGGCUGGCCCCGAUAGCUCCGAGGAUCAAAGGCGAACCGACAUCUGGGCGACAGUCCUGGCCAAGCUCAUCGCCGAGCCCAAGUCUGCCGGCGAGCACUUUUUGAUCUGCGUGCUAAACAUCUGGACAGCUAUGCGCGACUGGUCUGGCAAGUCCAGCAUGGAGUGGUACCUCAUGAAGAUACUUGAGGACGGCGCUUUCCUGCUUGAUCGCGCAGAGGAUCAGCACGGCACGCGAUUCAACCUCUCGGAUUGGAACCAGUCGGAUGAGCUUGCGGCCAAGGAUUUCUACGAUCGCGCCGUCAACGGGCUGUUCGAGCUGGUUGACGACGAAGAUGCAACCGGUAUCCCGGAGGGCCUUCUCGAGCUCGGAAAUGCCAUCUUGAGCAAGCUCGAGAACAAGUUUGUGGAGAAUACCUCCAAGUGGCUUGUCUGGAGAUGUCUCUUCUUUGUCUUCCUGCUCGGCGUCAUUAUCCACCCCGAGUACUAUGGCAUGCUGGCUGAGUAUCACAUCACCCCCUACGCCAGGGAGAAGAUUCUGAAAAAGGUUGCCAUGAAGGCCCAUGAAUACGUUUCAAGCAUGUGGAGCGGGAAGCCUUCGGCCACCUGCGUCCCCGUGAACAUCCCGCCCAAGAUCAAAGGCCACGUGGAGAACAUCCUCGCCAGGUUCCAGGGGACCCGGUCCAAGAUUCCGGCCGCCAAGCUCCUCCCGGCGAGGUCCAUCACCUCCCUGCGGGAGACGGUCGAGGUCCGCCCCUACCUGGUCAUCAGCCCUGCCGAUCUGGCAACGCUGGUCAACGCUCUCUUCCCGGAGAAGCGGCCCCACUCGGCACGUUCCGGCCCAGCCUCCAUCUCCGGGCUGUCGGCCAUUUCCCAGCCCAUCUCCAUGUCCAACCACCACAAGAACAGCUUCGACACGGCCUCCAUCAUCAGCACCAGCGCCUCGUCCAUCCUCAGCGACGCCACCACGUCUCGCGACUUCAUGUACGACCUCAACACCGCGACCCCGCGCUACUCCCCUCCUGCAGAGGACCCCGAGGAGCAGCGGCGCCUGAGCAAGUACGAGGACGACGGCUACCGUCUCAGGCUCGCCAUCCACGAGAUGCAGCAGAACCUUGGCUCGGAUGUCGUCCGUGGAUCAAGCCACCCAUGUGCCGAGAGGUGGGUUGUCCUCUUCAUUUCCCCCGAUGGAAAGAGCCUCUCGACGCAGAUGACCUACGAUCCCGACGAUGAGCUCGAGGAUGAGGAGAACUCGUCCAGCACAGACACCGACGAGGAUGAGACGCCGCAACGCCCUGAGCUGGACAAGGAUUACCAUCAGCUGCGCAACUCCGUUCUCAAGCUGGUGGAGGACUAUGAAAUCCCUCGCAGCCUAGAGCCCGAGCGUGGACGGGCACAGCUCAGCAAUCGCGCCUCGGGCCUGCGAAAGUACACGUCGAGGAACAGAAUCAUCCAGCCAGAGAAGACGGUUGCCAGCCGAAACCCGUACCGGAAGCAAAUGGGCGUUGACGGCACAAUCUCCACCACCGACCUGACGCCAAAGGAGCCCGAGGAGUCCGAGCCUGUCCUCAUCACGAUGCUGAAGGCGGCUUCGUCCCAGUCAAAGGCGCAGGCCGACUUCGUCUCCGCCCACAUGUACUGGAAGACGCUGAACCAGCUGACCGCGCUGGCUUCGAGCUCUCUCCGGCAGGACGGCUUCGCCGCUCUGAUCAACAUCUUAGCUAGGGGCCCCCGCGACGCCAUCCGCCGCUCUGCGUCGGCCAUUGAAGAGUACGACGCCUGGCUCGUCUGGCUGAAGCAGAGCCAAGAGCGGCACGAAGGACUCAUCGACACCAUGAUGAAACGCGUCAAUGCCAUCCGCGACAAGAUGUGGUAUGUGACCGACGUCCGCAAUUCCAAGGAAUAUGCGCACAGCCGUGACAUCUGUCAGGCUCUCAAGACCAUGGGUAUGCCGCGUCGUUGGAGCUCGUUUCAGCGCUCAAGGGCUCACAACAACCGCGGUCCUAGUUCCUCCUACCUCUACCGCACCGAAUCGCAGAUUAUGGACCUCUUGGCCGCUUCGGAGGAGCAAGGCGGGCCGAACAAGCUUAGCGAUGAUCAGGCAGAAAUGACCUCCAUGUGGCUGCACCAGUACGGCAUCGAGAAUUUUUGCCAGGGAGAGGAGAGGAUCCACCGCUUCUGCUGCGAGGUGGACCGAUGCAUCUCCAAGCUCGUCGGAGAAACCCUUCGCGAGGCGCCAGUGCUAUGGUCCAGCGAGCUGUAUAAGCGAGACAAGCUGGUCCAUGACCGCAGCAAGGCACGAGACCGUGACCACUCAUGGGGCGGCGAUGACUCGACGAGUAUCAUCAGCGAACAGGACAGGCGCCAUACGUCAUCGUCGUCCGGGCGAUCCAGCUCGUUUGCGCGCGAUCUGAGAUCCAUGACGAGCAACAACACCAGCCACCACUCUCUGGACUCUUCGAGGCACGGCCAUUCGAGGACUCAUGGCAUGCUGGCCGACAUUCCCGAUGCGCCCGAAUACUUUGACAAGGCGUCGCCCGUCGAUUCGUCAGGCACGUUCUGGUCGCCGUUCCAGCCAGCCAUGUCUACCAGCUCGGCUCCAUCACGAUACUCGCCCACCACCAGUCUGACCAACGUGUCGACUACCUUUUCGGCCCCUCAGCAUCACACGAUUCCAUCAAUCACGAGCGUCUCUACUGGCCGACCAAGCACGGCGGCGUCGUCCAAUGACACGAUCCAGCAGCAUCGCAACGACGAUGAAAAGACGCGGUUCUUGAACGAGCUCAAGCAGACACUCACCAGCUUGCUGCUCUCCGACCUGGGCAAUCAAGUUCUAGCACGGGGCUCGGAGACGGAUGGCUGGUUCCAGAAGCUCGGGCAGCAAUGCAUUGACAGAAAGGACGCUCUCGAGAGACGAGCUCGCCGCAAGUCCGACAAAAAGUCGAUGCAGAAGCCGGGACUGGCUAGGCCGAGGGGGCUGGAGAAGAAGAGGAGCUUUGGAAAUCUCCGGAACGCGGGCGACAGCACUGCGGAGAGGAUGUCGGAGCCCACCGACAACACGCCUGUUGCUUCUCCAGAGACUCCCACGGCUACUAUCGAUCCGCCGCCAGCGCCCAAAGAAACGUCCAACGAGUUUCCUUUCAAGAAGGCUUACCAGCGUCUUCUCAACAUGUUCUGUGUGCAUCCCAACCCUUAUGCCAAGCUGAAUGCUCUGAACGAGCUGGAGCAGCUCAUCAUCGCAUCAAUGAUGUCGAGCGGUCCCAAGAGGGGCCGAUGGAACAGAUCUGAUGCAGGCUCCAGCAUCGUGGAAGACCACAGCUCCAGCAGUCGCCCGACCCCGUUGGAAGGCAUGAUUGACAAUGUCAAGGAGCGCCGAUUGCAAGCUCUUCAGUCUGGCCUCCCGACGACUGGGUUUUCCUUUACGUCCCGAGGCUCCAACUCGGAGACACGGUCCAUUGUAUCCGGGGGUGCUUCCAACUCGGACCUCAUCACCAAAGAGCUGUACACUCUGUUCCGAGAUGCGUCGAUUCGACCAAAGUCACUUUUCCGUGACCUGCAGUUCAUUGCUGCCUUUGUCCCUGCCUCUGUUCUCGAUAGGCCGGAGAAGGGCAAGGCAUUCUGGAACACAGGGCUCGCAGCCCUCAAGCUGAAAUCGGAGGUGUGCCGAACCAUGGUGGAGAUGGCAGACGAGGUGGUUGCGGCGCAUUCGCAUGCGCGCCAGUCUUCCACGGACAAUGCCACUCCCCUCGACACGCCUCAGUCAACGACUGGUACUCCCCCGCCCCCAUCCACUACCUAUGGACUGAAAGAUGUUGGCAAGAUGUGGACCAUUACCGCUAAAGAAGGCUAUCCCACGGCGCAGCGCGAGCUGGCCUUGUUCUACCUCUCUAACCCGGAAUCCGUUGAAAGGACAACGCUUCCCUUGUCCAAGCCAAGAGAGGUGUUUAAGCAGACCGUCAUGGAGAAGUAUGGCCGCACCAGAGGCGGCCUCGGCGGCUCCGGCUCCGGCGGUCUCGGCAGCCUCUCUGGUGGCAACGAAGGUGAUGUGAGAACUGAUCCAGGUCUGAUGUGCGUCGCCGUCCACUGGAUGGAAGCGGCAGAGCAGGGCGGCGACGAGCUUGCUUCGAGCUUCCUGCGACAGAACGAGUUUAUGGGGCUUGGUUGAUUUGAGGGGGAGUAACCCCACGGUGACCGUAU